GAAUUCACCUGUGGCUAUAAAAACACGACACAAUGAAUACCGUCGUCACUUGUUGAGUGUUUGUCAUACGUUCGGGAUGGGUAAGUUAGGCAUUCUACUAGGCGUUGUGUUUUGCGGCCUGAUUGGUGUUUGUGCUGGAGGUCAACCAGCUCGAAUUGUUUGCUACUUCAGUAACUGGGCGGUAUACCGUCCCGGAAUUGGUCGAUAUGGAAUAGAAGAUGUGCCCGCUGAACUGUGCACCCAUUUAAUUUAUUCAUUCAUUGGUGUUGAUGAUAAAACCUGGGAAAUUCUUGUCAUUGAUCCUGAGCUUGACAUCGACAACAAUGGGUUCCGAAAUUUCACCGACUUGAAAAAGACCCAUCCACAAUUGAAAUUGCAAGUAGCGGUUGGAGGAUGGGCCGAGGGUGGUUCGAAAUAUUCAAAUAUGGUUGCAGUUAAGUCCCGCCGGCAAACGUUCAUUAGAAGUGUUGUUGAUUUUAUGGAAAGAUAUAAUUUCGAUGGAUUCGAUCUUGAUUGGGAAUAUCCAGGCGCAGCAGAUAGGGGAGGCAAAUUUAGUGACAAGGAUGUGUUCCUGUACUUCGUUGAAGAACUGCGCAGAGCAUUCGAUCGUAAAGGCAAAAACUGGGAAAUUACUAUGGCAGUACCUGUUGCCAAAUUCCGUUUACAAGAAGGAUACCAUGUACCAGAGUUAUGCAAUUUACUUGACGCAAUUCAUGCUAUGACAUACGAUUUGAGAGGAAAUUGGGCAGGAUUUGCUGAUGUUCAUAGUCCGCUUUAUAAGCGACCACAUGACCAAUGGGCUUACGAAAAACUGAAUGUCGCGGAUGGUCUUGAAUUGUGGGAAGAUAUGGGAUGUCCAGCUAAUAAACUUGUCGUUGGGAUACCAUUCUACGGACGAACUUUCACGCUAAGUAACAGUAAUACCAACUACAAUCUGGGUACAUAUAUCAAUAAAGAAGCUGACGGAGGAGCGCCAGGGCCUUAUACAAACGCUUCCGGCUUCAUGUCGUAUUAUGAAAUCUGUGACGAAAUUCAACAGAACAAUGGUUGGACUGUUAAAUGGGACGAUCACGGUUAUUGCCCGUAUAUGUACAAGGGUAACCAAUGGAUCGGCUACGAGGAUCCGAAAUCGGUUCAAAUCAAAAUGGACUUCAUCAAGCAUAAAGGAUAUGCUGGGGCAAUGACUUGGGCUGUUGAUAUGGAUGACUUCAGAGGUAUUUGCGGACCGGAAAAUGCUCUGAUGAAAAUUCUUUAUUACAACAUGGUAGAUUAUAUUGUCCCUGAGCCAACUCGAACUGCAACUCCUCGGCCGGAAUGGGCUAAACCUCCAGCAACAUCACCGGAUCCAUCAGAAAAUGAAGUAUUGCCGCCCACAACGAAGAGACCGACACCUGCCACUACGAAAAGGCCAGCGCCGACUACCACAAGCAGGCCUGCGCCAACUACCACAAAGAAACCAAUUACAACCACGUCGCGUCCACCUCCACCUACAACAGCAAGGCCAACUCAGAAACCAGCUGACGAAUUUCCUCUGGGAGAGUACGGUCCAAAUGAACAACCACCACCUCAAGAUAGCGAGAGCGUAGAUUGCACCGGACGCGAUUAUAUUCCCCAUCCAGAUUGCAUACGGUAUUAUCGCUGUGUCCAUGGAAAACCAGUAGAAUUCACAUGCAGAGACGGAACUGUGUUCCACACAACAACAAAUGUUUGUGACUGGGUACAAAACUCAGAUCGUCCUUACUGUAAGGAGAGGGCCAAUCUUUGAGAAUAAUUUUGUACUUCUUCAUGUGGACUUUCGUGCUUAUAAUUAAUAUGAAAAUUAAAUAAAGAACAUUUGUAUUUCUAUAUA